CACCUCGAAUUUCUAAAAUUUGAUGUCAUCAAUCCUUCUUCAGUCUCCGCACGAGCAAAAACACAACAGAAACAGUUGAAGUCCAAUUCAAUCGAAAAACACAUUAAGAAGUCACUAACUCUCCUCGUUCUUACGCAAAACAACCUCAUGGGUUUGCCUGAAAUCGUAGAUGUUGCCCGUAACUUCGCUGUCUUGGUCAGAAUCCAAGGCCCCGACCCCAAAGGACUAAAGAUGCGAAAACAUGCUUUUCAUCAAUUUAAUUCUGGCAAUACAACACUUUCAGCUUCUGGGCUGUUAUUACCUGACACCCUUUAUGAUGCUGAAUUGGCUAACCGGAUUUUGGAGGCUAAAAGCCAGGGUCUUGGGAUGGUAGUCACAGUUGCUUCUGUUGUUGAGCCUUUUUUGUCAUCAAAACACAGAGAGGGCAUUUCUCAGGGCCCACCCGAGUUGAUUCCUGGUGCUCAUGUUGAUGUUAUGGUAGAGGGAAAGUUGGGUUUGAGGAAAGAUGAAGAUGGGGUUUUGGAUAAAGGCGCCCCUUGCUGGCUAAGUGCACAACUUAUUAGAUUGGUUGAUGUUCCUGUAUCUUCCCUUGCUCUUCAAUCACUUGUUGAAGCUUCUUCAGGCUCGAUGGACCAUGGAUGGGAGGUUGGUUGGUCUCUGGCCUCACAUGAGAGCGGUCCUCAGCCUUUUAUGGAUGUUGGCCAGACACAGACUGAGCAUGGAAAUGCUUCUACUGUGGAGAGCCAUAGACAUGCAAGGGGAGGAUCUAGCAAUCCAAGUAUUAUGGGCAGAUUGACCACAAGGGUUGCUAUUCUUGGUGUUUUCUUACAUUUGAAGGAUCUGCCCAACUUUAAAAUAUUGGCAUCAAGAAAAAGGGGGGAUUUUCUUUUAGCGGUGGGUUCUCCUUUCGGCAUCCUCUCACCUGUCCACUUCUUUAACAGCUUGUCAGUGGGAUCCAUUGCCAACUGCUAUCCUCCCAGAUCAUCUGACAUAUCAUUACUGAUGGCUGACUUUCGGUGUCUUCCAGGAAUGGAAGGUAGUCCAGUUUUUGGUGAAAAUUCAGAUUUCAUUGGUAUAUUGAUUAGACCAUUGAGGCAAAAGAGUACCGGCGCUGAAAUCCAGCUGGUGAUUCCGUGGGAAGCCAUUGCAACUGCUUGCAGUGACUUGCUGCUGAAGGAGCCUCAAAAUGCUGAAAAAGGGAUUCAUUUUAAUAAGGAAAACUUAAAUGCUGUAGGGAAUGCAUACAGCCCUAAGUCAGAUGGAUCCUUCCCUUACAAAUAUGAGCAUCAUAAUUCUCAUCGCCCUUCCCCACUGCCAGUUGAGAAGGCUAUGGCUUCUAUUUGUCUUAUUACCAUUGAUGAAGCUGUAUGGGCAUCUGGGGUUCUGCUUAACGAUCAAGGUCUGAUACUCACAAAUGCUCACCUGUUAGAACCUUGGAGAUUUGGGAAAACAACUGUAAAUGGUAGAGAAGAUGGAACCAAAUCAGAGGAUCUUUUUUUUCCACCCAAGGAAUUUUCUAGAUAUAGUGAAGUUGAUGGCUACAGGAAGAGUCAGAGGUUGCCACCAAAGACAAUGAACAUUGUGGAUUCUUUGGUGGCUGAUGAGAGGAAGGGAUACAAAUUGAGUUUGUCUUACAAAGGCAGUAGAAAUAUACGUGUUCGUUUGGACCAUGCUGACCCUUGGAUUUGGUGCGAUGCUAAAGUAGUGUAUGUUUGUAAGGGACCAUUGGAUGUUGCCCUUCUGCAGCUUGAGCAUGUUCCAGAUCAGCUUUGCCCUACCAAAGUGGAUUUCAAAUCUCCAUCUCUGGGAUCGAAGGCGUAUAUCAUUGGACAUGGACUUUUUGGACCCCGAUGUGACGGCCUACCCAAAGCCAAAGUGUCAUUUCAUGCACAUUCCAUCCCCCUCCACUUCUUAACUUGUUCUGGCUCUUCCCCCUCUGUUUGCUCCGGAGUGGUAUCAAAAGUAGUCAAAACAAAGGCACCCCCAUAUUGUCAAUCCCUUCAAGGAAGGAAUUCACACAUUCCAGCAAUGCUUGAAACAACAGCUGCUGUCCACCCAGGUGGUAGUGGUGGUGCUGUCAUUAAUUCAGAAGGUCAUAUGAUUGGACUUGUUACCAGCAAUGCAAGGCAUGGUGGAGGAACAGUUAUACCACAUCUGAACUUCAGCAUUCCAUGUGCAGUUUUGGCGCCUAUCUUUGAUUUUGCAAAAGAAAUGCGGGAUAUAGCACUUCUGCAAAAUCUUGACCAACCAAAUGAAGACCUUUCUUCUGUAUGGGCAUUAAUGCCACCUCUCCCCCCCAAACCAACCCCUCCUUUGUCUACUCUGCCAGAGUCAAUACUGCAAGAUAAUGAGAAACAAGUGAAGGGUUCUAGAUUUGCCAAAUUCAUUGCUGAAAGAGACAAGCUUUUUAGAGGGUCAACUCAACUAGGCAAGGCCGGGAGCAUUUCAAACGUGAUUUUCCCCAGUAAGUUAUGACAUUGCGAGCUGGAUAAGGAUGAACAUGUCAGGGGCAGGCUAAUGAAGAGUGGAUGGUUCAAGAAGCAUGCUCCUGCAAGUCGAGGAUUGUAACAUAAUAGAAAUUCAAAGGCAGCCAAAUAAUGUUGCUGUACACUAAACAGCACUAUCCCUCUCUGUUUUCUGUAUGCUAUUUAUGUUUUGUGAUUAGAAUUCCAAAUUUGAAAUUCUUUUUGUCAUAGUUCGAUUCAAUUUUAGGUCAGAGUUGCCCUAAACACCUCUUAUAUCAGUUGCAGGAAUUCCUUCAAUUUAUGUUCAUUUUCUCCGACAA